GAAACUGAAUAGAGUGGGUUGUUCAGCUGUUGCGUUAUCAUGGUCCCAUCAAAAAAUGACAUAAAGUUCACAUGGCUUGCAGCUUGUCUUGUCAGUUUAUAUGGUCUAGGAUCAUGGAUUGUUGUUAAUGGAUUAUGGGUUGAACUACCGUUAUUGGUGAAUGUUCUACCAGAAGGUUGGAGUUUACCUGCUUACCUGAUAAUCAUUAUACAAAUAGCAAAUUUGGGACCAAUGAUCUAUGUUCCGUUGACAAAAUUUUUCCAAGCUAAAACAAAUGGGUUUUGUUCACGUUGUUUACAACCACCUGAAAGGAUAGCCAACUAUUUAAUACUCACCGUCGGUCUAAUAUCAUGCAUAUUGAUUUCGCAGUUUUGGGACUCGGUAGCUUACGUAUCAAUAUUAAAACCUGGUUGCCAUAGUAUUGGAUUAUUUGUUUUAGCUUUGUUUGCUUCAAUUGUUGAUUGUACAUCAUCGGUUACAUUUAUUACCUAUUUGAAUGGAAUGCCUCAAUUGUAUGUAGGUGCAUUACAUUUCGGUGAAGCAUUUAGUGAUUUAGUUCCAAGUAUAUUAGCCCUUAUUCAAGGAGUUGGGUCAGAACCGGAAUGUAUCAAUAAAACAGUUAAUGAUACACUUCGUGUGGUCCCCUUUUAUCCACCACCACGUUUCUCUGUCAGUACAUUCAUAUAUCUAUUAUGUAUUGUUUUAUUGGUAUCUUUAACUGCAUUCAUAUUAUUGGAUUGUUCACCUAUUGGUUUAGGUCAAGUUAUUCAUAAACAUUAUCGAAAAACUAAUUUCAUAUUAGAAUGUAAUGCAAAUAUUCAUAGCAUAAGUCACAAUAAUCUAGAAAGAUCUAAAUCAAGUGGAAAUCAACAUAUUUCUAGUGAUAUCUUCGAAAAUAUUCAAAAUGUCGAUGUUUCUGUGUUGAAUCAUAUUGAACAAACUGUACAGUCUCAUAAUGAUGUUAGUAUUACAAAACAGCUUGGACCAAACACAUUUUUAUCAUGUUUACUUAUCAUUUACAUUAGUGCAUCAAAUUAUGGAUUUCUACCAGCCAUACAAUCUUAUUCAUGUGCUGCUUAUGGCUCGCUUACAUAUCAUUUAGCAGUUACACUGUCAGGAUCAUUCUCUGCUGCAAUGACGGUGUUAACUACAUUUCUUGUCAAUCAUUAUUCUAGGGAAAUAGAUAAUACUGAUGAAUCAACAUUCGAAAAUUUGCAAACUAUGAACCAUGAAUUAAAUGAACAGAAUCAAAUUUGUUACAUACAAAAACGUGACAUAAUUAUGAAUAAUGCAUAUACGCGUUCACUUCAAAAUAAUUGGAUUAGUAUUUCGCUCAUCUCUUUGUUACCUGUUGCUUACGUUAUCUAUUUGGCGAGUUCAAGUCCCAAUCCACCAUAUUUCGGUGGUUUCGGUUCUGCCAGUGCUGUACGUUACGUCUUGGUUUUAUUCUUUUUUUAUGAUGUUUAUUUUAAUGGAUUAUUUUCAUAUUAUAAGGCUUUCCAGUCCUAGUCAAUAAAAUUGUGUUAGUACUUUAUCAACACCUAGUGUAAUUACAACUUGAUGAAAUACGAGUUAUAUGUAGAUUUGAUUUUUCUCCCCAAUUGUGAAAAAUGGAUAGAAAUUAAAUACCUAGAUUAUAGGAAAAUCUCGUUCCACCUAUGUCAGUUUAAGCAACCGGAUAGCAGCAUUAACCCCUCACACUUAGAGUGUGACUUCUACUCAAAUACCUGGUGAGUGGGUUCAUUUACUUUAUUUGUAGAAAAGAUUAAAAAUCUAAUGAUGUUUAUUAAGAUCUCAGUGAUUGAAUCCAAAUAAUUUCUUCGCUUGAUGAUAAAUAGAAUCACAAAGAUAAAUUUGUACCGAAUAAUUAACCAGUCAUUAUAUUUUGAAUCUUUCUGGUGGAGUUUCGUUCUCUGAGCUGAAUGGUUUGGUCGUGAAGCUUUCCUUGUUCUUCUGAACAACAUAAUCAGCGAAAACUUUAGGUAGAAGUGAAGUAUUGAAUCUUUUUGAUGUGAAGAUAUGUUAUCUGAGAAACGCAUCACUGUUCCGAAUCGCUCUAUUUCAAUCACUUAGAUUUCUACAAAUAUAGUUUCAUUCCCAAUAACCAAUAAAUACCAUUUGUACUUAGAAAUUUCGAUAAAUGUUUAUGCUUGUUUAGCACAAAGCAAUAUUUUACCAUUUAUUUGAUCACUAUAUUAUGUGGCCUUAUUUUUUCGUAUACUCAUUCUCUAUUCAUGAUUGAACGUAGCUCAUUUCUGUUAACGUCACGACUAAUUUGAUAUCAAACGGAAAUACAUUUUAUGAUGCAUCGAAUUUUCUAGUGAAUUUUAACGUACAGGAGAACUUUUUGCAACGGGUUGCUAAUUCUUUUUUUAUCUUAUCUGUCAAUCGAUGCAUCCAUGUAUGCAUAUUGAUUGUUGGUGUUGGACUAUGAACUUGUUGUUCUAACUCAUCUAAAUGGUCUGUUUUAAUGAUUGACUGUAAGACAAAAGUCGUUUUCCGAAAUGUCAAGAAGAUAAAAGAAAGCUUAAUUAUGUGAUGAUGGGACCUAUUGAAUAAGCAUUAUGGAAUUUAGGAGAUAAGUGACGGUGACAGUACGAUUAAUGGGAGUUUCUAUAUGCAUUAAUUGAGGUAAUUAAAUGUCUGUCACGUCACCUUGAUAUACUAAUCCAAAUAGGAAGAAUUGAACUUCAGGGUGCUCGGAUAAAAACUUUAUAUUAAUCUGCAGGUACUGUACAGAGAACUGUUGGUUUUGUUAUUGGAAUUCAUGAGAUUCCCCAAAUCUACUUUUGAUACUGAGAUUAAAAUGAAUAAGAACUUGUUAGUAUCAGUGCGAUCGUGUUAAUAACUGAUGUACUCGUAAAUUCUGAGCAUAUAUAUAUUAUUAAUUUUUUUUCCAGUUUAUUAUUACUACCGCUAGUAUCAUUUUAACCCGUUUGCUUAACCUGUUGAUACUGAUUGAAUUGGGGCCACUUUGAUCAAUGUUUCACUGCCCGACUUUCUGCAAUAUUGCUUGUUAGAUUAUGUGUUCCAGUAUGAAUAUAGUUAGGGAUGCUUGGUGAUGUGGGACAUCACUUGGUCGUGAACACUAAGCUAUCAAAUAACUAAGUGAUUGUUCCUAUCAUUUAAUCAAACAUUCAAAAUACUGUAAUACAUCAAUGUUUUUUACACUAGAUUAUUUAUUGUCUUCUAAAUCCUAUAGAUCGUGGCUUGGAUUGCGAUACGCUGUUUAUUUGCCAGUUUGCGUACAUGGAUAUGGAUGAGUUUGUCUAGCCAUUCCAAUAGACCGACGCGACUCAGAUUAGCUGGGUUAUCUACACAAUUUGGAGCAGCACUCGGUGCAAUUUUAGGCUUCAUCUUAGUUGUUUAUUUCCAGGUGUUUAAAAAUAAGCUACCUUGUCUUCAAGUGUAAUUUUUAUUGAGGCUCAUGCAAUAAUGUCUUUCACACUUCAACAUAUUUAUGUAUAAAUCAUAUUUCAAAAAUGGGAAAAAUACAUUUUUGUUGAUUACUCAGCUAGUAUUUUUAAAGACUAAUUCCUGUGUAUUUAUGAAUACUAAUUUAUUGUAGGUAUCUUAUAAUAUUUUCGUAAUUAUAUACUGCUUAUUUGUGAAGAUUUGUCAUUUUUCAGGGCUUCACUUAUACAUUGCUUGUUUUUGCAAAUACAAAACAGUAAAUUUAUUGGUUUACAUGUUAAAUGUUGAAUAUUGUUCACG